CUCAAGCAUUGUGCGAACAGCGUCAUGGUCACAUCAGCCUACUUGCGCGGCGUCUUUCAUCUCCGACGACCGGACGCGGCGAGGCUGCCCCCCAAGCCUGCCAAGAGCCAAGCGCUCGACUUGGACCAAAACCCGAAGCGGGAAGAUGUCGUUAGGCGCCUUGAACGCGACUCGCUGCGAGAAGAACUCGCAGUCUUUGCAAACCAGCGCCAAUUGAAGUCGCUGCGCAUCCCGCUACCGCGCCACUGGACACAGGACCACCGGGCGUCCUUGGAUGCCAUCGCGGCCUCAGUGCACGGACUCACGGUGGUCAUCGACGAUGAUGCGCUCGUCGCGGCGCUGCCGGAUACGAGUGACGCACCCGAAGUCUUCGUCAACGUCCCCGAGCUGGCGGCAAAAGGUCACGACUCGUUCGUGGCGCACCUCCGGCACGACCGCAUGGACUCAGCAGGCGGCCAUCGAGUGCAUAUGCUCUGGGACGUCGCCCAGUUGCAGUCGACAAGUGCGCACGCCUUCGAAUCCGUUGUCGGCGGCGAGGGCGGCGUCUACGCGCUGUCGUCGUCGCCGUCCGGCGCCAAGGUCGUCAUGUUCAAGCCCAUCGAAGAAGAGGUGUUCGUCCGCGAAGGCCUCUGCGCGGGUGAAGGCGCUGUGCGAGAAGAAGCCGCCUACGUCUUGGACGCUGCGAUGGGUGGUUUUAGCGGCGUGCCUCCCACGGCCGUCGCGCGGCUGCACAUGGCCAACUGCAAACUCAAAACAACCAGCAGCGCCAACAACGCCGGCUGGCUCAAGCUCGGUGCCGUCCAGCGGUUCAUGGGCCCAAGCGCUGGCAGUAUGGAAGACUUUGGCAUGCCCCAUGCGCUUGAAAAAGCGGCUCAAAUGGUCUCAGUCGACCAAGUCCAUCGCGUUGGGCUCCUCGACGUGCGCCUCUUCAACACGGACCGCCAUGGCGGCAAUCUUUUGCUCCUUGGCAAGUCCGCACCGUACACACUCGUGCCCAUUGACCACGGGUGUAUCCUUCCGAGCUGGGACCGCCUGAGCGAAGCGCGUCUGGACUGGGCCACGUACCCGCAGGCCAGAGCGCUGUUCAGUCCCGCGAUGCGCCAACACGUCGCGGCCUUGAAUGCUGCGGCAGACGCCCACCGCCUUCGCCGUCUCGGCAUUCGAGAAGAGUGCAUCGCGACGCUGUAUAUUUGCACGCUCGUGCUCAAGACGGCGACUCUGGCCGGCAAAUCCCUGGCGUGGAUCGGCGCCUACUUGAGCCGAGACGGUUGCUUUGAAGCGCCGUCUCGGCUGGAAGAAGCCAUCGCGCGCGCGUGCACGGCAUGCGACAUCCCUUAUUUAUGGACGAAGAACGACCACGGCGAAGCCCGCUUUGACGUGGCCGAUGGUAUUCUGCGCCGUCGCCCCCCAAACGUGUUUUACGCGUGUCUUCAAAAAGCGAUGACGCUCGACGCGACGGCAACCAAAUAAACAUAUUUUAGCAUUGGAUACAUACAUAUUAUUUGAAAGAUUGAUAUAUAACGCAUGCGCAGUUUUGCUUACAUGG